AUGAAUUACUUCAAGUCUUACAAGCAAAGGUGCAAGACUAAUUAACAAUCAAAUGAAGAACCUUCUCAAUUGCUAAUUCUCUGCAUGAAUUGUCAAGAAUACAUAAGAUAUGAUUAAACCAAUAAACAUACUUUGGUUUGCACUCAAGUGACGAAGAACAUUGAUCAUAUUGAUAAAACCUUUUCAUUGUUAGAGGAGAAUCAUUUUAAAUUACAAAAAAUUAGAAUGAGUUUGAUGGAAAAAUAGAAUAACAUAUUAGCGCUUAGACUAAUUAGAAUAAUUGAACUCGUUAUUCAAAUUUCAACCAUAGGCAAAGUCGAAAUAUCUUGCUGUUAGUCUUACUUGGCUGAAAUAAAUUAAAUAAAAUACAUCCCGAAAUCCUCAUUAAAUCUAAGUCUGUACAUUGAAAGAAUUCAAGUAUUAAUUGAACAAAAAAUAUAAAUCUUGAGAGGCAAUUUAGAUAUCAAAUAAGAACAAGAUAACCAAUUGAGUUCUUAGAGUAAAUUCAAGAAUGUAAUUGCUUAAGACAGUCAAUCAAAUCAAUACAGUAAUAAAGUGUAUUGUUUGAGUGCUGAUCAACAAGAUACCAACAGUGUAUCCAAAGAUCAAUUGUUGGAAUAAAUUAACAAGAAAAUUUAGGAAUGCAACACUUUAAAGAGGGAAUAGUAACAUUAUAAUAAUCUGAUUAAUCAAAAUUUAUAAAAGAGUAAAAGUCCUAAAUGGAUGAAUGUUGAACCAACCCAAGUAUUUAUCCCUCGGUAAUUGCAUAAAAAGAUGCAGACCUAACAAGUUCCACUUAAAAUGAAUGCCAAAAGUGAAAUACUCACGAAUAUCUCAACCAAUGAUUAUGGAUUUUUGGAAGAGUAAUCAAGGAAAUGCGAUUCUCAGAUCCAAAGAUUAUUUUAUUCAAAAUUGUUAAAACUUAAAUUAUAGUCAUCCAAAUUAUCUUCAGCCUAACAACUAUCAGCUGUGAUCUUAUGGGACGAAGCAUAGAAAUUGAAGUUGAGCUAAGAAGAUUUUGAUGCAUUUUUGAAAGCAGCCAUUCAGAAUCCAAACAAAUACUUAAACAACUAAUUUUGA